AUGGGCGCUUGGCUCGCAGACUACCUCGACGACGCGGGCUACAUCGGCUGGGAAAUGCACGCAUCGAUCUACAAGGCCAUGGUCAUGACGGCCUUUCCUCCCAUCGAUGUCCUGGACGGCGUCAAGCCGGAAUUCCACACGAUGCCCCUGGAAACCUUCGAAGACCUCAUGACCCGUGUGCUGGAGGUGAUGGACUCCCACCUCGCGGAGCAAAGGCGUAUGCGGUCGCUGGACAGCGGAAGCAUCACCGGCCUGCUGCGACGCCGCUGA